CGCGCCAGAAGUGAUUUUUCAAGGGCGGUACAGUCACGCUAGCGAUGUGUGGUCAUUUGGCGUCUUGGCAUGGGAACUGUUUGCAGCGUUUUCAUCUGGUGAAAACUUACCAGAACGAACGUUCCCCUAUCAUGAUCUUUUGGACCACGUGGUUGGUGUGAGCUUUGUAAGCAACAAUCUCCUUCAAAAACCACGUUCCUGUCCAGAUUGGAUAGAUAUCAUAAUUCGUGAAUGUUUGAAAUAUCAAGCCGAGGAGAGACCACCGGCCAUUGCGCUCUAUGAUUGUCUGUCAUGCAGGGUGCUAAGGCAAUCUUGGUUGAUAAAAUUGUGGAUACGAAAUCAUAACAUAGAGGAGUGGCCUGAUCUAACCAUCUGUCAACCAGAGGAUGCACCUCACGUCUUAAAGGAAGAAUGUCGUCCUCGGAUGGAGGACAUCCAAAAGAUGUGCCAGAAAGGCUUCGAUUCGACGUACGAUCUACCCCCAUCGUAAAUUCCAUCAGUACAAUCAGUAGCUAUACUUGCGAGCCAAAGUGAACAUCAGACAUAAGGAGGUUCUGCCAGUAUUAACUGAGUAAGGAGCAUCGCCUGGCAUGAAGCGUUGUGGAGUACAUAACCAGCGGACUAAACAGUUCGUAUCCAGACCUAACGACUAUAAAAUGUAAAAUAUAAAAUAUUACAUGGUAGAAUAUAAUUUACAAGACGUUUGCGCAAAACAGUCAAAAUUGAAAUAUUCUUUCCGUGAUGCAGUCUGAUUCAGGCUUUUGUAAACAAAGGUCAAUAUAGUUCUAUUUAAAGUGAAGACAUUCAUGACAUGUCUCUAAUUUCUAAAGUUUUAGUUUAAGGCCUAAAUCAAACUAUUGCUGACACCGACGGAGUCUUCUUGGAUGCCCUCUAGACUUACAGUCACUUUACUUUUUUUCGAAAUCUAAAGACACGUUGAUCUGAGCUGAACGUGAGCACACCAAGACUUGGAAAUUACUGUCCAAAAAAACUUUUGACUUUAUGGUUUCAAUGCGCUAAGCGGGAAAUUUACUUGUUAGCCUAAAAUGUAAUCGUCCUUUGCAAACCAUCGGUGCAAAUUGGACAGUGAGCAAUGUUUCAUCAGGCCUCCUCAAAACCAUUCGAAUGAAAUAGGAUAGUUUGUACUUUUG